AUGGAGACGGGGACGAAUCUAUGGGCGUUGAAGAAGAAAGGGGAAGAGUGGAGGUCGGCGCUGCAGGAAAGGGGGGCAGAGCACACUUCUUUUCUGGCCGGGGAGCAUUCUGGGCAGGUUACUUCCCUUGUGGAUCUAGCGGAUCUGGAAGAAGGGUUGACAGACAGAAGCAUAUACGAUUCUAGAUUUUCUUCCACUUCCUUCCCAACAGAGGGGGAGGUGGUUGGGCAGCAUAGGAGUGUCUUCUUCGAUUCAACCAAAGGUUCAUGGAAGUGUCGGCACUGCGAUUGGACACACCAAUUGAUUAGUCCCUGCAGAAAUGGCGAUUUUCCAAAUUAUCAGAGGUGUGGCCAAAUUACAAUGGAGCCCCCCUUUGGCAUGGGGUCUCUUCUUGGCAAGCUGGGCAUGCUGCUAGCUCCUCAAGGAUGCAGGCUGCCGAGGCGGGUCAAGGACAGGAUGCACCUCCUCAAAGCUGAUGUUGAAGAUUUAAGCGCGUACCUUGCUGAAAUGGCAGAGGCAGAGGAGCUUCCUCUGACGGCCAAGCGUUGGAUGAAAGAGGCGCGUGAGCUGGCCUAUGACAUCGAGGAUAACAUGGACAUGUGUGUGCGGCCUGCCAUCAAGACCACCAGAUUCAUCUGCAAAAUCGGCCGUGUUAAGAUUCCCAAAAGGCUCUUCUCCAAAAGAGUACUUCCCAGAGGGCUCAAACAGAUUGCCUACACAGCUCAAGUGCCAGCAGAACAUGGUGGGAAGACUAGAUCAGUAUGCAAAGCCAUUCAUGUUGUCAUCACUUGUUUUCCCAGGAGGCUUAGGUGGUACAAGCAUAUCAUGGAACUCAUAUCAGAUUUCAGGAUGUACAUCCAAGAAGCGAUUGAACGGCAUGAGAGGUAUGAGCUCCACUGCUGCAGCACCUUCCGGCGUAGAUUUGUGUCCAUGGGUCGUAUGCUUCCGACGCCGUACGGAGGAAUUGCUGACAUGGUAAUUGAUGGCCGUGUGAGCGAGUUCAUCGACUCAUUGGAUAAUGAUAGGGAUCAACAGCUCAAGGUGGUAUCUGUUCUUGGACCUGGAUGUCUUGGUAAAACUGCACUUGCACAAGUGUUGUACAACAAAUUUGCGGGGCGAUUUGAUUGUACAGCUUUCAUCCGGGUGUCCAAAAGGCCUGAUGUGGUGAGACUUUUCCGCGAGAUGCUCACGCAAGUCCAGGGGCAGCAGCCCACUGAAGAUUCUAAGGAACUUGACCUUGCUAGCAGUAUCAGGGAACAUCUACAAGAUAAAAGGUACUUAAUUAUUAUGGAUGAUAUAUGGGCUGCAUCAGCAUGGGAUAUUAUUAGUGAUGCUUUUCCGGAUGGUAAUCGUGGCAGCAGAGUUAUAACAACUACACAAAUAGAAGAGGUUGCAUUAACAUGUUGCUGCUAUCAAUCAGAGUAUAUUUUUGAGAUCAAGCCUCUGGAUCAUGAUCACUCAAAAAAGCUGUUCUUUAACAGGCUUUGUGGCUCUGAAAGUGACUGUCCUGAAGAACUCAAAGAAGUUACAAACAAAAUUGUUGAAUUAUGUGGUGGUUUGCCGCUAGCAACAAUCAGCAUAGCUAGUCUUUUAUCAAGCCAGCCCGUCAUUAAAAUGGAUCUUUUGACGUAUUUGUGUGAUUCGUUAAACUCCUAUUUGUGGACAUCUCCUUCCGAAGGAACAAGACAAGUAUUGAACCUCAGCUACAGUAAUCUUCCUGACUGUUUGAAGAUAUGCCUGCUGCGUCUUAAUAUGUAUCCAGAAGGCCACACAAUCUGGAAGGAUGAUGUGGUGAAGCAAUGGGUUGCUGAAGGUUUUAUCCAUACAACAGAAGGACAGGACAUGGAGAAAGUUGCAGCAAGCUAUUUCGAUGAACUUAUCAAGAGAAGAUUCAUCCAACCUUUAUGUGUCAAGUACAACAAUGAGGUGUUGUCCUGUACUAUUCAUGAUGUGGUACAUGAUCUUAUUGCAGACAAGUGUUCAGAAGAAAAUUUCAAUGUGGUAAUAGAUUCUAGUCGAAAGAAUGUGGCACUUUCUCAUAAGGUUCGACGCCUAUCUCUCCUCUUUGGUGAUGCAAAAUAUGCGAAGACGCCAGAAAACAUAAGGUCACAAGUUCGGUCGCUUACUUUUUAUGGAUUAUUUGAGAGUAUACCUUCUAUUUCAGAGUUUAAGCUUCUUCGUGUGCUAAACCUUCAAUUAUCUGGUUAUGGUGGCAGUGACACCGUAAACCUCACUGGGAUUUCAGAUCUGUUCCAACUGAGAUAUUUAAAGAUUGCAAGUGAUAUCUGCAUACAACUACCAGAACAUAUGCUAGGGUUACAAUGUUUGGAAACACUGGUUAUGGAUAGUGAAGCUACUGCUGUUCCAUGGGAUAUUAUUCACCUCCCAAGCUUGUCUCACCUGAGUCUGCUUGUUAUGACAAAUUUGUUGCAUUGGCUUGGCAGCAUGAGGUUCGUUGGCAAGCUUAACAACCUGCGAGAUCUUCAUCUGACCUUUUCCGUACCGUCUUCAGACUAUCUGAAGAGAAGCAUGGAAGCUCUGGGCUCUCUACUCUCAGGACAUGGCAACCUGAAAACUCUAGCCCUGGUUAAUGGCCCCUGUCACAGAAAUGCCAUGGUUCGCGAUGCUUCAAAAGUGACUGUCUCCUGGGAUGGCUUAGUACCUCCCCCACUUCUCGAGGUGUUUGAUUGGUCGCUACGCAGCUGCAUACUGCCCCGUCUUCCGAAGUGGAUCGGAAAACUUGGUGAGCUCCGCAUUUUGAAGAUUGCAGCAAGGGAACUUGCGAGGGAUGGUAUUGAUGCUCUCAGAGGUUUGCCCGCCCUCACUGAUCUGUCGCUGUAUUUGCAGACGGCUGCUAUUGAAAGGAUUGUCUUUGACAAAGGGGGAUUCUCAGUCCUCAACUACUUCAAGCUCAGGUGCAGUGUACCUUGCCUGAAAUUUGAGGCGAACUCAAUGCCUAAUCUCCAGAAGCUCAAACUAGGUUUCAAUGCCCCCAGACCCCGCAUAGACCAGCAUGGUGCUAGUACGGCUAUAAGCAUUGGCCACUUGCCAGGCCUUAGAGAGAUCUAUGCAAAAAUCAGGGGUGCAUGUGCUGAUGCAGAAUCUGCUUUAGCAACUGCCAUUAGCAAUCAUCCGAGCAAUCCUAGGAUCAGUGUGCAGUUGGUGGAUUAUACUUUUGAUGAUGAUGAGAUCACACAUGAUAAAAAUGAACAAGAUGAGGUUGUGGAGGAAGACCGAGGUGGAUACUUGAAGAAGCUACUUAUGUCUUGUGCUAGAGCUGUGGAUGAGAAGGACAGCUUGGCAAUCGAUAUGACGGUUCCCGAGUUGGGAAAAAAUGUUUCAGUAUCUGGCAAGCCACUCCAGAGACUUGGAGAGUACAUGGUUGAAGGGCUUGUUACCAGACUUGCCUCCUCCGGCCAUUCAAUCUACAAAGCUUUGAAGUGGCAAAAGCCAAAUGGCUGUGAAGUGAUAUCCUACCAGCGUGAAUUGUAUGCCGUCUGCCCCUACUUAAAGUUCGGCUACGUGUCGGCAAACGGUGCAAUUGCAGAGGCCGUCAGAGGAGAAGACAUGAUUCACAUAAUUGACUUUCGUAUCUCUCAAGGAGUUCAAUGGAUUUCUCUCAUCCAGGCUCUUGCGGCCAGGCCUGGUGGACCACCAACUGUAAGGAUCACAUGCAUUGAUGAUUCUGAAUCAGCUUAUGCGCGAGGAGGCGGGCUAGAGAUACUCGGGAAUACUUUGUCAGACAUUGCUCGUGAGUUCGCGUUGCCCUUUGAGUUCCAUGCGCUGGAUAUCUCUGUCAGCGAAGUGGAAGAAGGGCAUCUUGGAGUCAUCCCUGGGGAAGCCGUGGCAGUGAACUUCAACCUGACGCUGCACCAGAUCCCUGAUGAGAGCGUGAGCGCGGCCAACCACCGAGACCGGAUCCUUAGGCUGGUGAAGCGGUUGUCGCCCAAGGUGGUCACCAUUGUGGAGCAGGAACUCAACACGAACACAGGCCCCUUCAUGCAGAGGUUCGCAGAGACGCUCGACUACUACACCGCCAUUUUCGAGUCCAUCGACGUGGAGCGGGAGCGCCCAAGGAAACCAAAGGAGAGGACCAAAAUGGAGCAGUACUGCCUGGCGAGGAAGAUUGUGAACAUUGUCGCCUGCGAGGGCGCGGAGAGGGUGGAGCGGCACGAGGUCUUCGGCAAGUGGAAGGCGCACCUCAUGAUGGCUGGCUUCAGACCGUCGCCGCUCGGCUCCCAGGUGAAAGACAACCUUAGGACGCUGCUGCAGUACUACUCGUCGAACUACAAGCUCGCCGAGGGGGACGGGGUGUUAUACCUCGGAUGGAAGAAUAGGCCCCUGGUGGUUUCGUCCGCGUGGCACUAG